AUGCCAAAGAAAAAAUUAAAUCAAGCCAAAAUUAGUAAUAACAAGAAGGAACUGGUAAAUGCUCUUAAAAAAACUCAAAAUACUACUCAAAACAGUUCUGAGAAUAAAUUAGGUCAAGUUGACCAAGAAGAAUUAAGAAGAAUUAUUAAAGAAGAAUUAAAACCUGAGGAGGUCAAAAACAUUUGCACUGAAGUCUUAAAUGAGGCAGGAGUGAUAACCUUAGAGAAAUUAAUUGUCGAAGUUCAGCAAGCCAUAAAAUUAAAUAACCAAAAAUCAAUAAAAUCUAAGGUUAAAAAAUUAAAAAUCUUUGUCAAAAACACCGCUGAUGAAUAUGCUCAAAAUGCUUAUCAGCAAAAAAAAGAGGUAGUUCAAAAAUUGUUGAAAAAAGCCAAAGGCAUUUCUAAUACUAGUCAAAAUCCAAAAACAUCUGAUAAUAAAUUUCUAACUGGUUUAGUGAUUAGAGGUGGAAUAUUAGCAGUAAUCGGAUUAAUAACCAUCUUGAUAAUAAAAAACUAUAAAAAAAAAAUAAGUAAUAAAGAAUUACAUGUCUGUUCAUAUUACGUUGAGAAAAAAUGA